CAGCUGUCAUCCAUACCUCCAAUCCCACGGCGAUGAAGAAGACACCUACAAACUCCUCUUCCUCCUCUGCCGCCAUUGCCCUUGCUCCUCCUCCUUGAGAAUCAACUAAUUCCACGCACAUUCGCAUUAGCUGGAUCCAUGGAUCCCUGCCCUUUCGUCAGACUGACGGUGGGGCAUUUGGCGCUCAAGUUCCCCGUCGCUGCCAAGCCUGCUCGCGCCGCCGUCCACCCUUCCUCCUCGCCGUGUUUCUGCAAAAUCAAGCUCAAAAACCUCCCCGUCCAGACCGCAGUCGUCUCCUACAUUCCGCCGGAGAACGGCACCUUCCCCGACGCCGCCUCUCAGGCUCCGGCGGCCACAUUCCACCUCACGAAAACAGAUCUCGACAGGCUUACCGGCAAAUCCUCUCUCUUCUCCACCUCGAAGAAUCCGCAGCUCAAAAUCUCGGUCUACUCUGGCCGCGGCGGCGCCACGUGCGGACUCAGCUCCGGGAGGUUGCUGGGGACAAUCUCCGUGCCGCUGGAUUUGGUAGCGGCGGAAUCCAGGGCGGCGGUUUUCCACAACGGAUGGAUUAGUAUGGGGAAGGAGACGAAGAAGGCUGCGCAGUUUCACCUCGACGUCCGGGCCGAGCCCGAUCCGAGAUUCGUGUUCCAGUUCGACGGAUCUCCCGAAUGCAGCCCGCAGGUUUUCCAAAUUCGCGGCAGUACUCGGCAGCCGGUUUUCACCUGCAAGUUCAGUUUACGCGCAGCUGACCGGAAUCAACGCUGCAGGUCAUUGCCAUUGGAGGCUAGUUGUAGUGGUGCAAGAGGUUGGUUGAGCUCGUUCGGAAGUGAAAGAGAAAGGCCUGGUAAAGAAAGAAAAGGAUGGUCCAUCACCGUCCACGAUCUCUCCGGCUCACCGGUUGCAGUCGCCUCGAUGGUGACCCCUUUCGUCGCAUCCCCCGGCUCAGACCGCGUGAGCCGCUCCAACCCCGGCUGCUGGCUCAUCCUACGCCCCGGGGACGGGACGCUAAAGCCGUGGGGCCGCCUCGAGGCGUGGCGCGAGCGCGGCUCCGCCGACGGGCUCGGCUACCGGUUCGAGCUGAUUCCCGACUCGGCCUCCUCCGGCAUCGUCCUAGCCGAGUCCAACCUCAGCUGCAGCAAGGGCGGGAAAUUCGUGAUAGAUUUGAACGGAAAUGGAAACAGUUCCAGCGCCUCGACGCCGAAAAGCACCGCGACGUCGCCCGGCUGCAGCCCUCGGAGCAGCGGCGACUUCGGCUACGGGCUGUGGCCGUACUGUAUGUACCGAGGGUUUGUGAUGUCGGCCACCGUGGAAGGGGAGGGGGGAAGCGGAAAGAAGGCGGGGGCGCCUCCGCUGGUGGAGGUGGGGGUGCAGCAAGUGAGCUGCACGGAGGAUGCGGCGGCGUUUGUGGCGCUGUCGGCGGCGUUGGACUUGAGCAUGGAGGCUUGCAGGCUUUUCUCUCAGAAGCUGGGGAAGGAGCUGUGCCCUCCGCCGCCGCAAGAUAUGUUGUUUUGACUGGUAAUGGUGGAAUUUGUUUAGGACUAACCAAGAAGAUUAGGAGAAAUGUAUAGAAAGGGGAGGUAAGGAAAGGAAGGCCCGCUGUGUUUUUUGUUUAGUGUGAGGCUUUUUUUAACCAUUCUUGUUGGUGUUGUUUCUUCAAAUUUGUAUGAUAACUCAUCAUACAGUGUUUUGUUAGUUUUAGUUAAGUUAGGUUUAUGGUAUUCAUCUUUGAUGAAUCUUGAUUGUAGAUUUUCAGUUGGUGUGGGUAUAUUUGGCUAUGAGUUUUUGGUAGAUGAGUUUAUGGGUCUGUAUUGUGAAAAACAGUUGAGUUGGUUUUACACUUUUACUCAACUUGGGAUUUGCAAGAUUUCAAUUCCAUGGAAAUCAGGCAACUUUGUAUUUUUGCAAGUUUUUAUAAAGUUGGUGUAUUCUUGUUA